CCAGAAACACGAACAUGGUCGCAAAACUAGUGUGAUUCUUCUUCUUGCUCGCCCCGCAUGAUUCUAAAUGGUAAUUCCGUAGUUUUAAUUAUGACCCUUCUCCCGUUGUUCAUCGAUGGUUCUUUGUCUGUGUUUUUCUUACUGGUUUUUGGUGUUGUUUGAGUUCUGCAAGCAAGUUCAGCAUUUUGCUGGUUCAUGAAAAUGAAGAUCAUAGACUACAAUAAAACUCGAGUAGACUUUUAGCAGUUUCCUUCCUUGGUUGAUUUCUUGUUGCUCUCUUUUGUUUUGUUAACUUAAUUCUGGCAGUUGAGUUAAAGAAUGGCGGCUGUAUUCUGCAAUCUGAACUUGCCUUUUGAAAUCAGUGACUUGCAGCUUCAGUUCAGGAAUAACAGGACUAAUCCAACAAAUGUUGGCUCUGGUUUGCUUAGAAGAACAUCGUACUGCAGUAGCCCUGAAACAUUUCAUAAGACUAGAGUAACAUGGCUAGGACUAAAGCAUCCACGGCCACAAUGGAGAACCCUUUUCAAAAGCAAUUCUGAUGUUGUUAAUGUUGAGGCAAUGGAAGAUGAGAUUUCUAUGCCAACUUUAAUAUGGAGGGCAGUCAAAUUGCCAAUUUAUUCUGUUGCCCUGGUUCCCCUUACGGUUGGAAGCGCUGCUGCAUUUUGGCAGACAGGCUUAUUUUCUGCAGGACAAUUUAUUCUUCUCCUGGCCUCAUCUAUUUUUGUCAUAGCUUGGUUGAACUUAAGCAACGACGUUUAUGAUUUUGAUACAGGAGCAGAUAAGUACAAGAAAGAGUCAGUUGUAAAUAUAGUAGGCAGCCGUACUGGGACCCUUGUUGCUGCAUACAUAUUGCUCGUUCUUGGUCUUCUGGGGAUUAGUUGGGCAUCCUUGAGGGCAGAAAAUCUACGUGCAAUUUUGCUGUUGGCUUCUGCCAUCACCUGUGGAUACAUAUACCAGUGCCCUCCAUUUCGGUUAAGCUACCAUGGACUAGGAGAACCCUUGUGCUUUGCAGCUUUUGGACCAUUUGCUACAACUGCUUUUUAUUUGCUUCAGGGCAGCCAGCCGCCUAUUACGGGAACUCUCCUCUCUGCAUCAGUCCUGGUUGGCCUUACAACAACACUGAUCCUCUUUUGCAGUCACUUUCAUCAGGUAAAGGAUGAUAAAGCUGUCGGAAAGAUGUCCCCUUUGGUUAGACUAGGUACCACAGCAGGUUCAGAUGUGAUCAGUGUGGCUGUGUUGAUUCUUUAUUCAUUUUUGUUUAUUGCUGGUUUGUCUGGAAAUCUUCCAUUGACAAGCGUUAUUUUAUGUGAAGUGACCAUCCCUAUUGGGAGAUUUAUAGUAAGCUAUGUCAAGGCAAACCACAAGGACAAUAAGAAAAUCUUCAUGUCCAAGUAUUUUUGUGUGAGGUUGCAUGCUGCAUUUGGAGCUGCUUUGGCUGCUGGACUUGUUGCAGCUCGACUGCUUGCCAGAGUGUAAAUCCCAAAGCCAAUUUUGCCUUAGAAUUUCCACUCGCGCCAGGAUUAAGUACUACUUCUCAGUCACUUACACUCAUCUCAAGGAAGGAUCUUCCUCAUCAGCAGCACGAUGUAUAUCUACUUGCGUAGUUAGAGUUGAAAACUAACAUAAUUCCACCAUGUCAACCAGACCAUGGCAAACAUCCUUUCUAACUAACAUGUAUAGAUCUUACAGCUAUGCUGAACAAUGCAACCCGGAUCUUCUAUGUGAAACUUUCAUGUGGCUGACGACAGUGGAUGAUGUGUAUUAUGCCUUUGGCAAUAUGCAAUUGGCAAAAAAAAGAAGCAACUAGAAUGUGUUCGUCCGAGAAACAGGCAUGGCUGAUCUACUCAUUUUGACCUGCCUUCAAGUAAAUUUGUGAACUUCUGCUCACUGAUAGUUAACGGCAGAUGAUGAUUGAUCGUUUGUUAUGGAACCCUUUAGUGACCCUUUUAAUUUAUGAUAUUAUAGCUGAUCCAUCCCAGUUAAGGCUAAUAGCAAAUAAAGUUUAUGCAUCGACAUCAUGUCGAGUUAGCAUUAUGAAGUGAAGUAUCUGUGAUUUAUUCAAUAAUUGUCCUUAAUCAACGCG